CUCAUCAAAGUAGCGCGCGCAUGAUCAGAUAACGAAUUACCAAACAGUACAAUCUCAGAGCUGUUUCACGACUGGAUCGCUUGAGCAUGAACGAAGCAUUCAAUCAAGCUAUGGCUUUAAACUGAAACUUUUGUGACAGCGCGUAGGGCCGAAAGCAAUGCGACGCUGCCAGCCUUUUUGGAGGUUGAGACUAUGCUGCCUAUUGCUGGUUAUGUCCUCUGUCUCAACCUGGGGCUUGUCGGGCUCUCAGGCCGUGGUGACAAGUGGGCGCGACCUGGCACUAGCGCUGGCAGACGACGGUGUGGAAGUCAUCUGGCUUGAGCAGGAUAUAUACAUGAUUGAAUCCGACUGGGUGGGACUUGGGCCGUUUCCCUUAGGGAGAGCCACAAAUGUUACCAUCACCUCGGCGAAUUAUCACACGAUGGACCUGGGUUUCAUCCAAUCCAAGAUGCGACUGGGCAAUCACGUCAUGUUCGGCAUGGAACGGAUAGUCAUUCAAAGGUACCGCAUCGGCAACCAGCUGCAGGCGCCCGGGCUGGACCUGCUGGACAUCGGCGCCCCCCGCACACACGCCCUGGUGCUGACACGCGACGUGUAUGCCGUACACCGCAUCUGUUUCCCGCCGGAGGUGCAAAUAACGACGAUGCCGCUGGUUCCACGCCCGCCCGACAUCCCUGGGCCGCAGCGAUACCGGCUGGCAGAGCCCAACCCGCCCGACUGCACCGUGAACGCAGCAGACCCCGCGCCGCGCCGGUGCUGGGCCGCGCGUGGCGUGUACGUUGACGUGGCAACACCCGGGGCGGACCACGCGUCGUACGGCACGGUCUACCCGACCGAGUACGACGUGCACAUGGUCAACGUGACGUAUUUGUGUGAGCGGGUGAUGUCGGCUCAGUGCAUCCAGUCGCUGGGCUACCUGGGGUGCGCCUUCAACACCCUGUCCCACAUGGACCCGCCCUGGUACCUGUCCGCGGCCCUGGGCGGCGGCGGCGGCGGCGGCGGCGGCAACGCCACCAGCGGCAGCAGCAGCGGCAGCACAGCAGGCAGCAGUAUCGGAGGCAGUCGAGGGUUCCCGGCAAGCGGCAGCAGCAGCACCGCCGCUGCUACUGCCGUUGCCACCGCCGUUGCCGCUGGCAGUAGCAGCAAUGCUACCGGGAGCGAGAGUCAUGACGCGGAUGGGCAGGCUUCGACGCCGCUUGUGGCGGCUGCGGACGAGGGCGAGGGUGGCGCGAAUGUGGGCGCAAUCAUUGGCGGCGUGCUGGGAGGCGUGGCGGCGGCUGCCCUGCUUGUGGCAGCGACUGUGCGGGUGUGGCGGCGGCGACAGCAGCGGUCGCCGCUCCAGGCAGCUGCCGCUGCGGAUGCCGCCGCCGCGCAGCAUUGCGGCAACGGCGGCGGCGGCGGCAAGGGCGACUGCCCUACCUCUGGGAAAGCGGCGACACAGCCGUCGCGUCAGCAUCCCCCGCCCUUCAGAGAGGGUCCAGCCGAAGCGCCUGGAUACGGGCCAGGCGUGGCCAGCAGCAGCACAUCCGUGACCGUGGGGUGGUGCGGGCUGCUGCUGGGCCCCUGUGCGCACUGCAGCGCAGUCGUUGCCACUGCUACAGCCACUGCAGGCGGCAGCAGGGCAGUAGCAGGCGCGGACGGGGCGGGCGGCGGCAGCCGGGCGGCGGGCAAACUCCAUCAGGGCCGCAGCAGCAGCAGCAGCAGCAGGCGCAUUGGCGCGGCGGACCCUUGCGUGCGGCUACAGGCUCAGUCGGCGAGCACCGCCACGCCUGCUAAGCAGAGCUUGGAAGCACGGGUGGAGUCGGUGCUGCGGGACUUUGCCGUCGCGGUCGGGGGCCCGGAGGCCGGCGGCGUGGGCCGGGGCGCGGGCGUGGGCGCCGGCGCCGGCGGGUUGGCGGGUGGAGGCCCCGACGUCCGCGUCAGUACUGCUGGUGGCGCCGCUGCACCCGCGGCGGCACCGGGUGCAGCGGCGGCGGCGCCGCUGGCUGCGUUGCUGGCCGCUGUGAUGACCGCAGGCGCGUCUGUGCACCAUGCCGCUGCUACCGUCGGUGGCGGCGCCGGCUCGCCGGCACACUCCGGCCCCAUCCGCAGCUCACCCAUGGCAAUGGACGCGGCCGCGCCGUCGGCGCCCUGGUUUGCGCCGGUGCCGUCUGCGUCUUCUGUGCUUGCGCCCAGCGCCCCCAAAAGCCGGACCGUGGCGGCCGGCGCCGGCCAUGCUUGCAGGCGCCCGGAGGCGCCGGCGUCCGCGACCGCGGUCGCCGGGGUGGGGGGACUGGCGACGGCAGGCGGCGCCGCCGGCGGCGGCGGCGGCGGCGCGGUGCCGGAACGGCAGGGGGCGGCGCCGCUGUGUUGUGAUGCGGCUGGGAGUGAGACCGCGCUGGCGGGGCCGCCGGAGCCUGGUGGCGGCGGCGGCGACGGCGCGGGGCCGGCAUCUUCGUCGCACAACUGUAAAUUCUUCAUGCAUAUUACAGAGGACCUGGAUGCCCUGGCCAGCCAGACCGACAUGCUGGUCACGCCCUUCACACCCGCCCGACCCGACGUCAACCUCUCCGCCAUCCUGCUGCCGUACGUCUCCCCAGCCGCCUCAGCCGCCCUGCCCAACCUGCCCGCCCCUGGGCAACCCACGCCGGCUGCCGCCCCCGCCCCCGCCGCCGCGCCCCAAGCUGCGUGCACGGCCGCCGAGGCCUGCGGCGCGGCUGCAGCAGCAGCUGCUGUGGCAAACGGAGCAGCUCUUGCUGCCGGUGGGUUGCAGGCGCAAGUGUGUCCACUGUCACUCAGGGCAGCGCCGCCUGCCGCUGCCGCUACUGAAGCCGCCGGUGUAGCUGCUGCUGCCCCCGGCUGGGGCGGGCUGGCAGCAGUCGGCUCGGCUGCCGUCACACGCGGAGGCUCAACAGAGGGCGCCCUGAUGGACUGCCAUGUGCAGCUGACCAAUGUGGUGCGGGGCCGCGGCUCCUUCGGCAAGGUGGUGGAGGGAACGUACAGAGGCGAGCGGGUAGCUGUGAAGCUCAUGCGCCGGACCGUGGACGCCGCAGACUGCGGUGGCGCAGGCGAGGGCGGCGCCGGUGAGGGCGGCGACGGCGCCCGCGGUGGAGGAGGAGGCGGCGGAGGCGGCGAAGGUCGCGGCGCGUUCAGCCGCAUGGUCACGGCUUUCAGGCAGGAAGUCGAGGUGCUGGCGCGGUUGACGCACCCCAACGUGGUGCGGCUGCUGGCGGCGUGCAUGACGCCGCCUCGCUUCUGCCUGGUCAUGGAGUUGAUGGAGACGAGUUUGGAGGGGCUGCUUAAGGCAACGCCGGGGCGAUUGCUGCCGCUCAAUGCGGUGAUGGGCAUCGCGGUGGACGUGGCGAGAGGGCUGCAGUACCUGCACCCCACCAUCGUGCACCGCGACCUGAAGCCCGCCAACGUGCUGGUGGGGGACCCGCUGGGGCCGCGGCAGGUGGCGAAGCUUUCGGACUUUGGACUUGCGCGGCUGCGCUCCAGCGUCGUCGUGACGUGCAACCCGGAGGCGGGCACGCCCCCCUACAUGGCCCCCGAAUGCUUCGACGCCACCGCCACCUCGCUGACACACCACGUGGACGCCUACUCCUUCGGCGUGCUGCUGUGGGCAAUGCUGUCGGGUCAGGAGCCGUGGGCCGGCCUGGACUGUGUGUCGCUGGCCUACCGGGUGGCCUACGGUGGCGAGCGGCCGCCGCUGGACGCCAUCCCGCCCGACCGCCGCCCGCCCAAACUGGUGCGGCUCGUGGCGCAGUGCUGGGAGGCAGACCCCAAGCGCAGGCCCGCGGCGGCUGAGAUGGUGAAGGAGUUGCUGCUGGUCCGCCAGAUGUUCGCCCGCGGCCUGGCAGUAGCAGACAUGCUGGACACACAGGUGGAUGGCAGCGGCACCUUCCGCGGCGCAGCAGCGGCUGUAGCAGCCAGUGGCGCCGCGGGGCAGGGGCCCUCCCAGAAGCGGCUGCUGCUACAGCCGGGUCUGCUAGCAGCGGUCGGCGCCGCCGCGGCUGCCGAGCUCCACCCCGGCCCCGAAAGGGUGGACCCCGAGGUGGCCACGGCGGCUGUAGCAGCUGCGCUGCUGGGCGGCGCUGCGGCGGGCGCGGCUGCAGCAGCGGGUGGGGAGGCCGCGGCAGCGGGCGCGCCGGCCGCGGAAGCAGCCGUAGCACUCGCGGCAGGUGCCCGCGACCCGACCGUGGCGGCGCUGGCCAGGCUGCGGGUGCCGGUGCCGCUGGGCCGCCGCCGCGGCGCUGGCUCGCAGCCGCCGGCCGGCGGCUCGGCCCUGACGCCGGAGCAGGUGAGGUCGGAGGCGGCGCGAAUGUGUGAGAACGCCUCGCUUUACCAAUACGGUGAUGAGGACGAUGCCGAUUACCUCGGGUACGGACGGGCGUGGCAGCUGGGGAGCAGCUGGCUGGCGGGGUCGCCGUCGGCGACUGCGACGGCGUCGGCGGCGGGCGGCAGCGGCGGCGCCAGCACGGCCGCCGCUGCAUCUGCUGCUGGGACGUCGGGGGAGCAGCUCACCAUCGCGGUGCAACAGCAGCAAUAAUAGUAGCAACAGCAGCAGCAAUGAAGGCAACAAUAACAGCGUUCGCGGGCCAUUGGAGCUAACUACCCUACAAUUGUACUUGUGAGACAGCGAGAUUAACACCUGGUGCCCGGUGUUCGUGUGUGUCAGGCAAUUCAAGGUGUCAAUGGUUGCAAACCAGGAGGAUGUGUGCUUUAGCGGGUCGGGGGCGGACAGUGCACAAGUGGUUCGGACGUCUGCAGACUUGUUUGAAGAUUUUGAGGGCUGCCGUGAGUGCGAGGGAGGUGAAGGACUUCCUGUCUGACCAGAUCCACGGAUAGACUGCAGGAGGUGUCAGGCCGGUCGUCAGGAAACCCAAUCCCGAGGGCGUGAUGUGGUUAGGAUUGAUAACUAGCAAUGCCCCUGUGUAUAUUGCAACCUGCCAGGCAACGCGAUUGAGUGCGUGCAUGAACAAGAAGCACUUGAUGAUUGCAAAAUUCAAAACGCUUAGCGGAGUGCUGUCGAAAUGCGAACGCGAAUGUGCGCGACACGAAGAGAAGUUGUAGUCGCUAGCACGCAUAGAAGGCCGGUUAGCAGGAGGCGGUCACAGCAGACAUGUUACCUCAUCCAGACGGUAAACGCCACGGGCAAUAGAGGAGCGCCGCCGACCCAUCACUGAUAUAACCAGGUUGCGAUGGCUAGGCUGUCGGACGGCUGGCGGGCUGGCGCGGAGCGGAGCUGCGGGGCGCGCGGCAUCCGAAACCAACCUGGAAAACACCAGCGCCACCGUCGUCCAGCAGCACAUGUGAGGGAGGGAGUGAGUGGAAGCGUAAGAAACCGGGAAGGAAGCAGCGGGCCAGACAGGAAGCAAAACAGCACAGCAAGUAACCGCGGGCUGGGCGGCUGGCUGUCGCUGCGGUUGGGGCUGGCGCGGGCUGGAACGGAACUAUGGAGGCGGAGUGGACGGAGCGGAAAGCAAGUAUGUAAAUGGGGAGGAAU